AUGGCUACUUCGACAUUGUUGUGUCUCGUGUUGCUGCAUGUUGUUGGUGUUCUUGGGUUUUCGGUGACUCUAAAGCUGGAAAAAUCGUUUCCCACCAACCAUGGCGUUGAGUUGAAACGACAUGCGGAAAGAGAUGGUUUAAGACGUCGUAGAAUACUACACAAGUAUUCUGAUCCAAAUGUGGUUGUUGGAUUUGGAGUAUUAGGAACGUACGAUCCUUUUGAUGUUGGGAAGCGACUUGUUGUGGGUAGGUUGCAAACCCUGCCAACAUCAUCCACACUACAAAUUCCUAUUACUAUCUAUGAUCCUGCAAGCUCCUCCACAUCUUCUCCUAUCUUAUGUUCGGACGAAAGAUGUUCUCCGAAAUCCAACUCAUGUUUCGAUAAUCAAUACACCUACGAUCUCCACUAUGGAGAUGGUAGUGGAACAUCAGGUUAUUAUGUAUCCGAAUUGAUGCAUUUUAAAAUAGUUGUUGGCGAGACAUAUGUCUUAAACACUUCAGCUUCAGUUUUAUUUGGGUAA